CUGCGCCUUCCCUUCUCAUUUCAACCUUAACAAGGCACAUUCAAGCAGCAACUAUGGUAGCCUCUUUUGUUCUUCUCCUUCUUCUGCCUCUCCAGGGGCAGGCUGUGAGCUUAGUUGGGGGCUUAACGGACCAUCCAGUUUCUGAUCCAGAGACAGCUAAUGUGGCUCAUUUUGCCGUCCAAGCCUACAACGAAGCCAACGACAACCCACUUUACAUCCGAGAAGUGAAGCUGAUCCAGGCCCAGACCCAGGUUGUUUCAGGUAUCAACUACUACUUGACCAUGGAAUUGGCCGUCACAGAAUGCCAGAAGAGUUUCCCAAGCAAUGACCUUGAAAAGUGCCAGGUACCAUCUGGUGCAGAACACUGGGAGUGUGUAUUCCUGGUCUGGUCCCAACCUUGGUUGAACAAGCUAGAGUUGACAAACUCCACCUGCAAGACAAUUACAACCUGACUGUGGUCUCUCCACCGCCCCCGGGCAACAUUAAGAGAGGAUACCAUUUGCCAACCCGCCUGUUCCAGACAUGAGAUGGAAAAUCACAAUCUGUCAUUGUAUCACCUGUAAUUAGGAGUGGACUUUCCCACCUCUCUGUAUUAGGGACAAAACAAUCAGGGUUUCAUUGUAAACGCAAGGGAUUCUGUCUGCGAGGGAUGUCUUUGAUUUUGAACAGAUAGCUUUCCCCCUCCCUUUACUGUGAAAAGUGAAUCUGAAGAGAAAAAUAAAAUUUGAACUUGAGCAUUAACAAA